AUGAGGGAAAUUAUUCACUUACAAACUGGUCAAUGUGGUAAUCAGAUUGGUCAAAAAUUCUGGGAAGCCAUCUCUGCAGAACAUGGCCUUGACGCUACGGGUGCUUACCAUGGUGACAGUGACUUACAGUUAGAACGCAUUGAUGUAUAUUACAAUGAGGCCAUGGGUGGAAAAUAUGUACCAAGGGCUAUAUUAAUAGAUCUUGAACCUGUGACUAUGGAUUCGAUCCGAUCUAGCCCGUACGGCUCUCUUUUUCGGCCAGAUAAUUUCGUGUUUGGUCAAUCUGGUGCCGGUAAUAAUUGGGCUAAAGGUUACUACACAGAAGGCGCUGAACUAGUCGAUGCAAUCUUAGAUGUUCUUCGUAAAGAGUCCGAAUCUACCGACUGUCUUCAAGGCUUUCAAGUGACUCAUUCUCUUGGUGGUGGUACUGGUUCCGGCCUUGGUUCCUUGUUAUUGUCAAAGAUCCGUGAAGAAUUUCCUGAUCGUAUGUUGUGUACCUUCUCGGUAGUACCAUCUCCAAAGGUUUCUGAUACUGUUGUUGAGCCAUACAAUGCAGUGCUUUCAGUUCAUCAAUUAGUAGAAAACAGUGAUGAAACCUUUUGUAUCGAUAAUGAAGCUUUAUAUGAUAUUUGCUUCCGUACAUUGAAAUUGACUAAUCCAAGUUAUGGUGAUCUUAAUCAUCUCGUAUCGGCCGUCAUGAGCGGUAUUACAACUUGUUUACGAUUUCCUGGUCAACUAAACAUUCCUUUUCCACGUCUACAUUUCUUUAUGGUUGGUUUUGCACCACUGACCUCCCGCGGGUCUCAAGGUUUCCGUGCUCUUACAGUACCAGAAUUAACCGCACAAAUGUUCGAUUCUCGCAACAUGAUGGCUGCUUCAGAUCCUCGUCAUGGUCGAUACUUGACUGUGGCAACGAUCUUCCGUGGUAGACUUUCCACAAAGGAAAUUGAACAACAAAUGCAUACAAUUCAAACUAAAAUGAGCGCUUACUUUGUUGAAUGGAUUCCAUCAAAUGUUAAAACUGCUGUGUGCGAUAUCCCACCGGUUGGUCUUACCAUGUCCGGCACUUUCAUCGGCAACAGCACGGCGAUUCAAGAACUUUUCAAACGUAUAAACACACAAUUCACUGCAAUGUUUAGACGAAAGGCUUUCUUGCAUUGGUAUACUGGUGAAGGUAUGGAUGAAAUGGAAUUCACCGAGGCGGAAUCAAAUAUGAACGAUUUAGUUUCAGAAUAUCAGCAAUAUCAAGAAGCAUCCACUGAAGAGGAAGGUGAAUUUGAAGAAGGUGGAGAAGAAUAUGCUGCUGAGGAAGAGGCAGAAUAA